GAUCAUCCAGUGACAUGCUUCGCACGUCGUUGUCCCCCCCUUCAGCAUCGCUUUUGAGUACACCGCACCAGAGGAUGGACGCACUGGAGGCGAACACAAGCGUUGCCGGAUCAAACGAAGUUGGCAGGCAGGCGUGGGAGUCAUGUCGGCGACAGAUGCGUCAAAUGGUUGCGGAGAACAUAACGAAUGGGGUGUCCAGGAUGCGUGUGGCGAGUGGAGAACCGAAUGCAGAAGACUCACAACGGGCGAGCGAUUAUGAAUCUACAGAUGUGAUUUGUGAAGACGAAGCGGAAGACGCGGACGACAUGGAGAUUCGACCCUUGCCUGUGCGUGGCAGAGGAAGGGGUGGAGUCGUGCAUCAAGAGAAGUUCGUUUUCCGUGGUGGUCGCCGCUCGAAGUGUCCGCCAGGCGAGAAGGCAGGGAAACGUCCGACGGAAUGGAAGCUGCAAGACCUUCAAAAGCGUUUGCUGGAGGCGGGGGUUGAGAGGACGGUUGAUGGCAUCGGCAAGAAAUGGGACAACCUCUUCCAACGGUACAAGAAAGUGCAACGGUAUCAGAACGCCUCUAGGGGGAAGAACUUCUUCAACCUCGCACAUGCAUUAAGAACGGAAGAAGGCUUCAACUUCAUAAUGGAGGAGCGCGUGUACGAUGAGAUAAACGCCAAGUCGAAGGGCAAUAAGACCAUCUACCCGGACAACGUCGCCGACACAAGCGCCCGUGGAGGACUGCAGAUGUCACGUUCCCCAUCCGUUGCUGGAGAAUCCGUCUCUGGGGGUGAUGAGGGUGAUGGGAACGACGACGACGGAGGGUCGGCGCGGGAGUCCGGGAGUCUGGAAUCAGUACCGAACAUGGUAAGCGCGGCUGUCCACGGUGCCGCCAGCACCGGAGGGGGAAGGCGAGAAGAGGGGACGCACGAGGAGGCGGGAAGGAAAGAGCAGACGACAUACCGUACUCCGGUAGCCACCGACGACGACGACGAGCCUAUCGCGAAGAGGAAGAAAAGAUUGCGGCAGGAGGAUGACUUGGACGCAAAGUCGAAGCAAUGGACGGACAGAAAGACAUUAUGGGGGGCAGGACUUGGUCGCCUAAUCGCUGACGCUGUGCACUCUUGCGCAGACUACUACUGCGCGAUCGUGAAUGGUGACGCUAGCGCCAGCGCUCCCGCAGGCCUAAUCGUGCCAACGAACGACGUCCCCCGCUUUCGGAGCGAAGAUCCAGCGCAGCGCGAUCCAACCCUUCGUAGGGUGAGAAGGACAGAGAAUGUGGCCAUGCGCGUGAUCCACGGCUUAAACUACAAUGCCAGGUUGGCGGACCCUGAUGUGGCGGCAAGGAUGAAUUGGUUGAGAAAGGGACCUCUCGUUGACGAAACGAAGGACGAUGGAGACAAUGGCGAUGGAGGGUUGUGAGAAUCGUCGUAGUGCCACCUCCUCGCCUUGUCCGCGUGCGGAGCGGAAGGUCCCCCAAUU